GCAGUGAGUCUGUGCGGUGUAGACUAGAAACCAAAGUAAAGUAAACGGGGGAGGGUCGGCUACGGGGGGGGUCUUUAAGCGAGUUACAAUGCGUCUUUCACGGUGCUGAGCGGAUCUCCGUGAACGAUGAGCCAACUUCGCCGGUCGUCUCGAAGCGGAAUGAGCCACUGCUGAGCCCCGAAAACGAGUCCUUCUUGGCGGGGGAGAGCGAGAAUGAAGAAGCCGAGCGCCCUGCUCCCUGUUGUCGGCUUGACUGGGAAAUGGUAGCGUACUGUAGGAACCGCACUGGGAAGGAACAUGGUCGAGAGGAGCAGCAAAUUCUUGUUGAUCGUCGUCGGAUCCGUGUGUUUCAUGCUGAUUCUCUAUCAGUACGUGGCCCCCGGGGUGAUCAAUUUCGGCUCCCCGCACGGUUAUUUCACGGAAGAAGACGAGGGGGACAUCUUCCCCACUCCGGACCCUCACUACGUUAAGAAAUACUACUUCCCCGUCAGGGACCUGGAGAGGACGAUCGAUUUCCAAAUCAAAGGGGAGGACGUGAUCGUGUUUUUGCACAUCCAAAAGACAGGGGGGACUACCUUCGGCAGGCACCUGGUCCAGAAUGUACGUCUGGAGGUCCCGUGCGACUGCAGACCGGGCCAAAAGAAGUGUACCUGCUACCGACCGAACCGCAAGGAGACCUGGCUCUUCUCCCGGUUCUCCACCGGCUGGAGCUGCGGCUUGCACGCCGACUGGACCGAGCUCACCAACUGUGUGCCGGGGGUCCUCAACAAGAAGGAGAGCAGGCAGAAAAAUCAAAGGAAGUUCUACUACAUCACCCUGCUGAGGGACCCUGUGUCUCGAUACCUCAGCGAGUGGAGGCACGUGCAGCGGGGAGCCACGUGGAAAACCUCCCUGCACAUGUGUGAUGGACGGACCCCGACGCCCGAGGAGCUGCCUUCCUGCUACGAGGGUUCCGACUGGUCGGGGUGCACCCUGCAGCAAUUCAUGGACUGCCCCUACAACCUGGCCAACAACAGACAGGUUCGUAUGCUGGCAGACCUGAGCCUCGUCGGCUGCUACAACAUGUCCACAGUUCCAGAGAAGAAAAGGGCCCAGCUUCUACUGGAGUCGGCAAAGAAGAACUUGCGAGACAUGGCCUUCUUUGGUCUGACGGAGUACCAGAGGAAAACCCAGUUCCUGUUUGAGCGAACCUUCAGGUUGCGCUUCAUUAGGCCCUUCAUGCAGUACAACAGCACCCGGGCUGCAGGGGUGGACCUGGACAAUACUACGGUCCAGCGUAUAGAAGAGUUAAACGAGCUAGACAUGGAGCUGUACGACUACGCCAAGGACCUGUUCCAGCAGCGCUACCAGUACACCAGGCAGCAGGAGAGGCGGCAGCAGCGCAUCAAGAACCACAUGCAGCAGAGCCACCAGGGCCUGGGCCUUGGCGUCAGCCUGUGGCCCACCCGCAGCCGGCAGAGCUUGGUGUCGACACUGGAGUAUGGAGAAGGGGAGAGGGAGGAGCGGGAGGAGGGUGAGGAGGGAGGCAGAACGGAAGAGGCGGGCAGCAGGCUCCCCACUGAGGACUACAUGAACCAGAUCAUCAACCGCUGGUAGCAGCAGAAAGAGAACAAACACACAGACAUGUAUAUGUAAUGUGAAAUGCCUACACAUAAACACACACACACACACACACACACAUACAAACACACACAUACACAGAAAGUGGCUCCUGCAUCAAAGACCCAAAUGACUGACAAAACAGACUUUACCAGAGAGUUGGGCUGCGGGAAUGAGAGUCCGACUGGUUUCUAUGGAAACCAGGGCUUGGUUGAUUGCAUCAGCUCAUGUUAUUGAGGUUAGCCCAGUUGUUAUUAGCGCCCGCUUGCCCUUUCCCCCCUCUGAGUUUCUCUGUCUCUCUGGUCAACAUUACUGACUGAGCAAAGGAGGGAUAUUUUUAAGAGUUGCUGACAACCAAGUAUCUCAUCCACCCCCCCCCCAUCUCCCCUCCUUCAACUCCUCCUCCUGUAUUCCUCUCGUCCUCUGUGGCCUGAUAUGGAGCAUGAGAAAAUAAAAUUAAGUCUGUGAAUUCCCGCUAAUCCUUGCUAAGGACCAGUCUACUUCCUGGAUGCUCCAAUUUCAAAGGAACUGGGAAAGCUACGAAAGUAUGCGAAUGGCUGAGCUGAACAAAGAAAUUGGUGAGAAUACAUGAGAGACUGUACCAGAAAGAAAGAAAGAAGUUGGACUGAGUUGUGUAACAAAGCUUUCUGCUUAAAAAAAAAAAAAAUCAGCCAUUUCACCCAUGAACACGCUUUGGUCAUGAAAUAGUGACAGUCUCAUUCUCAUUUUAGGAUGAUUUUAUUUGUAUUUUCCUUUUGUGUUUAUGCUUUUUUAAAAGCAGAAUUGUAAUAACACUGAGACCAAUAUUGCUGCCUAAAGAAAAGUGAUUCCUUUAUUUCUUUAUUUUUGUUUGUUUUUUAAGUCAAAGCUAAUGGAUUGGAUUGACGUACAGUGGACCAUAGCCAUUACUGAAGCCUUGCAUCUUGGGGGCAAAAAGUGGCCUCUGUCUCUGUUAAAAGUUCCCAAAGCUCCUGUCGCUUAAUGAGUUCAUUAUUUCUCCUUUUCUCUACGUUUUUUUUUUUGGUGUCUCAGUCCUGCAGAGAAUGACAGCCAAUUACAGACCCCAAUCUCACAUACAGUAGGUGCGAAGAAAUCAAAGGCAGGGAGAGGAGAGAGUCUGCUGCAGGUUGUUGCCAGGAACCGUGCUGUGUGAGCGGCAAGCGCUUUGGAAGCCUUAACUCAGACAAAUGCUCGAGAUGGGAGUUGUGGAACUACUGGUCACCAUGGCAAUGUGAGCCCUUAAUGUAGUGGGUGGCAUUUUCAGUUUCUCUCCAUCUCCCUUUUUUUCUCUCUUUUUUUUUUUUUUUUUGUCAGACCAAGAGCUCCGUUGUAAAAGCAGCUGUCUCAAACAAGCCUCCGUCCCACCUGCUGAAAGGGCACACGCAGCGCUGGUGACCAGUAGUUCAUUAGCGUGACCGGUAUUUUAGUUGGUUUUACCCUGAGGAACGGACAGGGCGAGGUAGCAGUGCCUCUAUGUACUGGGAUGAUAGUCUACAUAAUUAUUGCCAGAUAUUAUGUCUGCAUUACACUACAGUAAUUUCUCUGACUACUCGUGUGUCCGUGUGGAUGAGUGUGUUUCUGUGUGUGUGUAAAUAGUAUGUACAGUAUGCCUUUGAUUGGCAUAUGUGUAUGCCUUUGUAAAUAGUGUGCCUGACUGAGAGAGGAUGUCUAAUGAGUUUUGUGAAUGACUGGUUUCAUGACCAAGUAUCUUGCCAUGUUUUUGGUGGUGGGAGGGCAGGGCAACAAAGUCCCUCCGACAGCAUGUCACAGCAGUGUGACCGUCGCAGUGAUGCAAGCCAAUAAUACUCCCCUCCGCCCUUCCCUUAACCGUUUCCUUUCCUCCUUUUCUUGUCUCCUCCCCAUGAUUUGGUUACAUUUUUUUUUUUUCUUUUUACUAUAAUUACCUAAAAUCUUAAUUGAUAUUUUCAAAAAUCUGCCUGUGUGACACGUCUUUACUCUUAGGCAGCAAAAUCUACAAGUAGGGUCGGGUUGCGAUAGCAGGCUCCAUUUUUAAUCUGACGUUGCACCAAAUUCUGUUAGCCAAUCAGGAACUUUGAGCUCGGUGAUUUUAAUUUGUCAAGUACUUUUGGUUCAUGCUUUUUUAGGUUGUUAGGUAUCAGAAUUUAGUGUAACACCGGUUCUCACUUGACAAAAUGGACUGAUUUGUUGAGCUCUAUACUAAUGAGUCUCUUGUUGAACAUUUUAUUUCUCUCCUCCUUGUUUUGUAUUAGCAAAAAGCAAUGUAGAAAAGACACACAUCACUGCAGAAGACCCAUUUGUUAACUCUGAAUGUCCAUACAUUACUCUGUGAUUUGGUCACAUAGCUUUAAAGGGGAGAAAUCAAACAGUUUUUUUUUACAUGUUACCCGGCAGCAAGUUGUAUCUUCAAAGCUAUUUCUGUGACCCUGACGGUAUCAGCUGUCUGUCUGGAAAGCAGAUUUAACAUUGAAAUUUCCAUAGAUUGUGAUGCCAUGGCAUGGCCUGAGCAGCUGACUCAUCCGAUGUUCCAGCAUCGAGAAAGUCUGUGGAAAUAUCAAAUAUUUUAUCAGUCCGAAAACACCUUUGGAGAUGUAGUCCGCUGCUGGAAAAUAAAAAAUUAUAAGUAAUAAGAUAAUAAUAAUAACAUAUUGACUUUUUUCCUAAACUCUACAGAGGGAACAGUAUUUGAAAAUCAAACUUUAUCUGCUGUCUGCAGUCCAGUGUCUGUACACGGCUGAAGAUGGUUUUGUUAACGAACAGAAACAUCAUUCUGUAACAGCGCUCUGCAACUGCGAGCGGACUGUUUGGUUUUGUAGUUUAACGACACCAAUAGAGUCACGACACCCCUCUACAGAAAUCAUCUUUCAAGUUAGCUGAACUUAUCUCGUUGCGUUCAGGAGAACCUCAGUUAAACUUUUAGUCAGAUAAUAUCAAAAUUUUAAGAGCAUCAGCUUUAUAGACACCUCCAGAAUUUGGAGCAAGUUCAGUUUGUGUGAGAUUUUUUUUUUAAAUGCUGUCAAACCCCAACCCUAUCUACAUGCAAAGAAUCUGAGCAAUAAGAGGAGAAAAGCCAAUGAGAAGACGGAACACUUUUAAAAGUGAGAGGAGAAAAAGACGUGUCACAAAACAAUUAGAUCAAACUGAAUGUAGUCCAGAUUCAGUGACAUCCACGGGCAAUUAGAGGGUGCAUGCAGGCAACCCGCUUCCUUGGUGUUCUCAUAAAUUACAUUUUGCAUCCUGUUGUUAACAGUAGUUUGUUUUUUUUUAAGUAAAAGGGGAGGAUAAACUAACAAUUUAGACCACCCACCAUCGUUGUUGUUAAAUAAUCAUCCUGGAUCCUCCCGUGUUUUCUCUUUUUGAUCAACUCCUUUUUAAAUCAGGGAUGAUUCAUGAAGGGAAGGAGAAAAGAACAAGGGGGGAUGAUGAAAGGUAUUGGGAUACAUCCAGAGUCAAUAUGCUGCUUUUUGUGUAGCCUUCAAAGUAACGCAAUAGGGACAGAGAAAAUGGAUGUGGAAAGAGAGAUGUCCCUUUUUUGUUUCAUAUUAACUUCUCCUUCAUUGUUUUCGUGAAACUGGAGACUCAAAAACACUGCAGCUCCAGGCAUUUUGCCCACAACCUCUUUUUCAGACUCAGACUUGUGUCAGACCAUGUUUGGAUUCCAAACCGAUAUCUGGUUCUGCGUUAGUGCAGAAAACAAAACUGAUUCUUAAUCUUGAUUGUGUUUUAUUUUCGGCGUUCCUGUUCCAAGUGACCAUCAGAUUUGAAGCAAUCCCCAAAAAUACUCACUGCAACUGAAGUGUGUGAAAGAAAAACUCCUUUCGCUGAAAUGAUUCCAGAAAUUGACGCUGUAAAGCUAUAUUCAAAUAUUUUAUGUCUCAUCAUCACUAUGUAUAUCUGAUGUCUUAACAGCGUUUCCUUCGUGACAAUGAAGCAACCCAGGUGUCACUAGCAUUAUCAUCUUUUUUUGUUAUUUUUUAUUAAAAAUGUGUUAAAGAGUG